GAAUCCAGAAUGAGGAACUGAUUUACUCUCUCCCUAUUCUCAAUUGGUGUGGGAUGAGGUCCUCAUGUAAUUGAUCAUCUCCUCCUGAUCCAUAAUUUAUUGACUAAAGGAUUCAACCGGUGGGGGACAGUCGGGGCGCCGAUUUGAAAUAUAGGAGAAGUCCCCCGCCGUCGCCGUCGACUUCGAGUUCUCUCCCGCGGAAGCGAUGGACGCCGCCGGGUUGGACACGGAAGGGCGAGAUUUCGCAAGCGCGAGGGAGAUGUGGAAGGAAGAGCUCGGCUCUGAAGACUGUGGAGGCGAAUCGAACGACGCCUGCCGCGCCAAGCGCCGGGAUUGGUAUCAGAAGGGCAUCGCCUACUGGCAGGGAGUGGAGGCGUCCAUGGACGGGGUUCUGGGAGGCUACGGCCAUGUGAACGACACCGACGUUAAAGGAAGCGAAGCUUUUCUGAAACCGCUUCUGCUCGAGCGCUUUGGAACCGGAUCCCGACGACUCGCGGCACUUGACUGUGGUUCGGGCAUAGGGAGAGUCACAAAGAAUCUUCUUCUGAGACAUUUUAAUGAGGUUGACCUUGUUGAGCCAGUAUCACAUUUCCUGGAAGCUGCACGUGAAAAGUUGGCUCCUGAGGACCAGAAAUUUUCUGAACACAGAGCUGUUAACUUCUACUGUGUCCCUCUACAGGAGUUUAUGCCACAAGUUGGAAGAUAUGAUGUGAUAUGGGUCCAGUGGUGUAUAGGGCAGCUCCCUGAUGAUGAUUUCCUCUCAUUUUUCAAGCAAGCAAAGGUUGGCCUUAAACCAAAUGGAUUCUUUGUUGUUAAAGAGAACACUGCAAGAACUGGAUUUGUACUGGAUAAGGAGGACAACAGCAUCACAAGAUCAGACUCAUAUUUCAAAGAGCUUUUCAAACAGUGUGGUCUUUUUCUCUAUCGAACCAAGGAUCAAAAAGGAUUCCCGGAGGAGUUAUUUCCUGUGAAGAUGUAUGCCUUGGUGACCGACAAGCCGAAGAGUACCAACAGCGGUAAAGGCAAGUCUCGACGGUAUAAGCCCGGUGUCAUCAAGUCAUGAACUCGUCGAGGACGUUUCGAUGAACAUGUUUUGUUAUUGUACUCAUUGCAUUCUCUCUAAGCAUGUUUCGUUAGUGUUUCGUAGCAGAGUUCAAACUCCUUCAAGACUGUAAUGUUUUGAAAAGUGAAUGUAAUGCUUGGAGUGUCCCUA